UCCAAAAUGGCCACCCCGCAACAACCGGUAUGCCAAAUAUUUUCAUUUCGGGACUGCAAAGCUUCUCCCGAUCCGAUUUUAGAUCCUUUGACGGCCUCAUGUGGAACAGCGACCCCCAUCGUAAUCGACAACGGCUCCUUCCAGACCAGGGCCGACUGGGCGACGGUGGAUUUGGACUCUCCGCGGCUGCUCUUUCGGUCGGUGGCGGCGCGCAGCAGAGGAGCCGCCCGGAGCGAGACCCAGAUCGGGAACGACAUUCCCAACCUGGAGCCUCUGCGGUGGCUACUCAAGAGUCAGUUCGACCGGAAUGUUGUGGUCAACUUUGAGAUCCAGGAGCUGAUUUUCGACCAUGUGUUUACUCACUUGGGAAUUACCUCCGAGGACCGUGUGGAGCAUCCCAUCGUGUUGACUGAGGCGCCCUGCAACCCUUUGCACUGCCGCCAAAUGAUGUCAGAGUUGCUGUUCGAGUGUUACGGGAUCCCUCACGUCUCCUACGGAGUGGACGCCUUAUACAGUUUCCAUCACACCAACAAUCAGAGGAAUCUACAGGCCCCGCAGACCGGGAUGAUUUUGUCUUCGGGGUACCACUGCUCGCACAUCCUGCCUGUUCUCAACGGCAGAUUAGAUGCGGUGAACUGUAAGCGUGUGAAUGUGGCGGGAGGCCAGGCUGCAGCCUACCUGCAGAGACUUCUGCAGCUUAAAUAUCCAGGCCACCUGCCCGCCAUCACGCUCAGCCGUAUGGAGGAGCUGCUGCAUGAGCACAGCUACACCGCUGUGGAUUAUCAAGAAGAGUUGGACAAAUGGCGCAGCCCGGAGUUUUACGAGCGCGAGGUUCACCGAAUGCAACUUCCCUUCUCUGGCAAAUUGCCCGGCGGCUGUGUGAGUGUGGAGGAGAGGCAGGAGAGGAGAGCGCAGCAGCUCAGGCGGCUCCAGGAGAUCAAUGCUCGACGCCGUGGGGAGAAACUACAUCAGGACCAGGAGAGGCUGGACAGACUGAUGGCCGUACAGGAGCUGCUGGAGGAUGGCUUAUUGGAUCAGUUCCACAAGAAUUUGGUUAAGCUCAACAUGGACUCGGCCGAGGAGCUGCAGUCGUACAUCAGCAAACUGCAGCUGGCUGUGGAGCUGGGCCGCCAAAAACUGCUGCACAGCGACGGCGCUGAGGGAAAGACAGAGGUGUCCGAGUUGGAACAGCACAUGGAGGAGGGCGACGGCAUGGCGAUGAUGUAUCCUGACUUCUCUGAGGAGACUCUGUCAGAAAAGCCUAACGGGAAUGUGGUCCAGCCGGCCUUCAACAUGGCGGAAUACCACCAACUGUUUGUGGGCACGGAACGUCUGCGUUGUCCCGAGAUCCUUUUCCAGCCCUCGCUGACUGGAGAAGACCAGAUGGGGAUAAUGGAGACACUUCAGUAUGUAUUGGCCAGGUACACUCCUGAGCAGCAGGAGGCACUGGUGAGCAAUGUAUUCUUGACCGGAGGAAACAUGCAGUAUCCAGGCAUGAAGGAAAGGAUGGAGAGGGAGCUGCUCGCUAUUCGACCAUUUCAGUCUCACUUUAAGGUGACGAUGGCAACACAGCCGACCCUGGGUGCGUGGCUGGGGGCCAGAGACUGGGCCCUGGAGCACCCUCCUGGUGGUGAUGGUGGAGUAGCAGCUGGAUGGAUCAGCCGGCAAGACUACGAGGAGAAGGGAGGCGAGUACCUUAGCGAGCACUGCGCCUCCAAUGCCUUUGUCCCCAUAAAGAUCAACAGGACGCUUCCCGCUCGGCAGGCCGAACCCUCUGUCACCAUGCCGACGGGAGCUUCUGAACCAGUUGGCAUGGUUACGUCAGCUCUUAGUUCCUCUUCUUCUACUUUAGCAGCUCCCAUGGUCUCAUCCUAGAGUUUUGUGACUGCAUAUGUACAGUAUUUGUGUACAGCAUUGUUCUUUUCAGGGCAAGAAAGUCAAAAUGGACGACACAUGCCUCCCUGAAUAAGAGCCAAUCAGCAUAGAAAAUCUGCCCGACGUAUAAUCUGUACAUUUGUAAAUAAACUUUUUUUUUUA